CUUCUUAUCGAUUGUUCUCCCUCUCUUCAUUCAAUCCCAAUUCUUGUAGUUAUUAUAUUUCAUGUUCGUCGCCUCUUCUUGCAAUGCUACCAGAAAACCAGGUUUAGGGUGUGUGUCACAAUUGGACAACAUAUACAAAGUGUCAUCUUGUCGAAAAUUCACAGAACAAAUUACCCUUAUCUUAGAUUUUCAGAAUUUGCAACAGAAACUGCAGAAUACAAGCUGACAGAAACACAGCCCCAAAGGUACACUAAAUUCUUGAUCUGAUCGAAGAAUCAUCCCCAAGUCACGAUGAUUUCUGGAGAUCAUGAAUCGAUGGAUCCAGAUCCACCAUUCGAGACAGCCUACGAGGAGCUAUUCGCAACAUACGACGACGCAACCUCCGGCAGCCCCGCCGCCGCCGUGGUGGAGGAGCAGGAGCUGCCGGUGAUUGACCUGAGCCCGUUGAUGAGUCGGGAAGGAGAUCUCCGAUCAUCGGCGGCGUGUAAGAAGCAGAUAACAGAAGCAUCUAAGAAAUGGGGUCUGUUCCAGGUGAUUAACCAUGGGAUUCCCGACGAGAUUCUGGGGGAGAUGAGGGAGGAGCAGAUAAAGCUGAUGAGGAAGCCGUUUACUGUGAAGAACAACGAUUGGGGACCGCCGUCGCCGGAGAGGAUUUACCGGUGGGGGACGCCGGGGGCCAAAAGGCUCGACCAGGUGUCGUGGAUGGAAGCCUUUCAUCUACAAUUGGGGGAUCAUAAUCACAUUUUCCGCAACAACUACACUCUCUGGUCAACAGUGGAGAAAUUCGCCGGCGGCGCACACGCCCUAGCGCUGAAGCUGGCCGCCGUACUGGCGGAGGAGCUGGGGCAUCCCGCCGCCGGCGGGAGAUAUUUCGAGGAGCAGUGUGGCCGGAGCAGCUGCUACCUCCGACUCAACCGGUACCCGCCGUGCCCCAAGUACGGCGCCUGCGGCGUCUGUGGCAUAGUUCCUCACACUGACAGCGACUUCCUGACGGUGCUCCACCAGGACGACAUCGGCGGGCUGCAGCUGGUCAACGGCGGCGACCGGAAAUGGGCCGCCGUGAAGCCGGUCCGGGGGGCCCUGAUAAUCAACGUCGGGGAUUUGUUUCAGGCAUGGAGCAAUGACGUGUACAGGAGUGUGGAGCAUAGGGUAGUGACAGAUGUGGAGAAGGAGAGGUUUUCGACAGCCUAUUUCUUGUGUCCAUCUUCGGACACAGUUAUACCCAGCACUGUCUACCACAGUUUUACAUUUGGGGAUUUCAGAAAACAGGUUGAAAACGAUGUCGCUACCUAUGGCACCAAGAUUGGACUUCCCAUGUUCCUACCUAAUUCCUCAUCCAUCACAUGAUUGUUUAUAUAUAUAUAUACAAUACAGUAUUAGUAAUUUUGUAGGAUGUUUGAACAGCCCUGGUGUUGAAUUUUAAUUUGUAAUAAGAAUUUACCACUUGUUUGACAUUGUAUAUCCUAAUAAAGUUACAUUUCACACAUUGCAUCAAACAUUCAAUUUUUUGCAUACAAGAUUAAUUCUAGUUUAUUAUGUGAAUGCUCGACAUUAUCACAUCGAACCUUGCAAAUUAUGCCUAACAAAGUAAAUCACACUAGGAUCGGAUGAUGUUGUACGAUUGAAAGUCAACGCUUGGCGAGAUCGAAUGUAUCGUUUAACAUCGCGGAUGCCUAUGUUAGUACAGAAGCCAAAGAUCCACCAAUAUAUUAUUGGUACACUCCUUGCCAAAGAGCCCUUAAUCAAUGGAUUUUUCCGAAUAGAUUGAUUGAUUUAUUAUUAUUAUUAUUAUUAUUAUUAUUAUUUUUUAUGUAAACUUUGAUAUUUAAGUUGUGGUUGUAGAUCCACAAAACAAGAAGUUAGAAAGGGGC